AUGGCGGCAUCUCGCUCUCUCUCCGCCGCUGCGGCGGCCAGAGAAGCCCAAUUCCCCUGUGACCCCACCAACUGCACGGCCCCAUCUAAGUGGUACAUCAGGACCGUCGGCCUGGACGACGCCGUCAUCAAGUCAAUCGCAGCCUUCGUAUACAAGUCCGGCGAUGGAUUAGUCGACGGUGGUGAUUGCUCCGUCUGCCUCGGCGAGUUCUCCGACGGUGAGGUCGUCAAGCUCUUGCCCAAGUGCUCACACGCUUUCCACCAACCGUGUGUCGACACGUGGCUAAGAUCUCAUGUCAACUGUCCUCUCUGCCGCGCCCCCGUCGUUGUCCCGGCUGCGGGGGCGGAAACACCGGCGGCAGCAGAUGGUUCGGUUUCGGGUCGUUUGGAAAACACCCAAAUCGAGAUUUCUCAGCCCCAGAAUCAAGACGAGUGUGCGAUUACGAUCAAUUUGGAUGCUGGGUCUUCUUCAUCUUCAUCAAGGCCGCUGGACGAUGAGAAUGGACUGCAGCCGAUUCGUCGGUCGGUGUCAAUGGACUCCUCAUCGCUCGCAAAGCUCAUGCUCAGGGUUGAAUCCGAGCCGGAGGUGAAAUUGGGGGAGGAGAAGAGAGAAAUUGAGGUGCAAGGAGUUAUACUCUCGAAGAAAAAAGGAGAAGGGGUCGACUGUUUUGGGAAGCAGAGCGUCGAGAGGUCUCUGUCUUCUAGAAGUGGGAGGCUCUUUUUUCCGAGAUGCCGGCGGGGUCGCGCCCGGAGCUCAUCCGUUCUUCCCUUGUGAUGAAUUGUGUGAAGAAAAACUCAAAAUUGAGUUGGGAUUUUUGAGUUCUUGGCUUUUUCGGGGACUACCCUUUGAUGUUUGACACUACUGUAUGUAUGUAUGUAUUAUGUAAAGGUAAAAGCGCAAGCUUUUAUACUCAAGGAUAUGGAUGCUGGAAAAUGUGGGAUCAUGGAUUUGAGCAGAAGUUUCAAGUUCAUCCGUCUGCUUGGGAGAAUGAUUAAUAUGUUCUGGUGAGUUUAUGUAUCUUUUUCUUUUUAUGUUUUUCACCUUGUGAGUAUAAAUGAUUGCUCACUACUUUUUGUACUAAAGUCGUGUAUACUUUUGGCUUGCUGUGUGUUAAUGGCAAUAUAUUGAAGCGGGUGAAAUUAAUAUUUCUCUCCCUUCCAACACAUGUCAUAGUCUAUGUUUAUUGACAUACUAGUGAUGAGCACGAAUUGUGGCGAGAUCUGUAAGUUCAGAUGAUACAUCAUUUAAGUAGCUUUAUUCAGUAUCA